UUGCAUAUAAAAGAGGAGAGUAUUGCAGCUUCAAAGCAAACCACAUUCAACAUUUGAGAGAUAUUAUAUUUCGAACCCCAAAACUUUUAACUCACACCCUUAUUUAAAAGUCUUGAGCAAAAUGUGUGGAGGAGCAGUAAUUUCCGAUUACAUAGCGCCGGGAGCUGGCAAGCCUUCCUGGAGACGCGACAACGUCGUUGACCUGACACUCGACGACUUGGAGGGAGAUUCUCAGUAUUAUCCAUGGCUAGGUGUGAAAAGAGAAGAUGGGAGGAUGAGGAAGAAGAAGAAGAGUGGUAGUAGCGAGUACAGAGGAAUCAGGAGACGGCCAUGGGGAAGAUGGGCGGCUGAGAUUCGCGACCCGAUCAAAGGAGUUCGAGUUUGGCUAGGGACGUUCAACACUGCAGAAGAUGCUGCGAGAGCUUAUGACUUUGAAGCUAAGAGGCUCCGAGGAGUUAAAGCUAAACUCAACUUCCCUAACGAUUCUCCAGCAUCAUCAUCUAGAAAGCGUAAAGCCUCUUCACCACCACCAACACAGCGGCGGCCACAGGUUCAGAAGAUAGAAGAGAAGCAUGAAGGUGAUGAUCUUGGUGGUGGCUGUUUUGAUUUCUUGUGGGAGGAGAAUAACAAUGCGGACGCGAGUCAGGUCGACACGCAAUGGCUUGAAGAUGUUAUUAUCAUGGGCGAUGAUGCGGAGAAGAGACAGAGAGGUUCUUAUGAUUGUGAAGGGGACGUGGAUGGUUUGUUUUCGGAUGAGCUUCUGGCUUUUGAGAACGAGACGGAGUGCUUCUUACAGACGCCGUUUAUGGAGGGGGGAAACUGUGGUUCCUUGACGUCUUUGAGUAGUCUCUUAGAUGAAGUCAAUGUCAUGGAUCUUUGGUCUUGAAGGGGGUUUUUAUUGUAUAAACGACAUGAGUCUUUGGUGUUCUGUUUUGUGCAAAUGAGUUCUUGGUCUGUUUGUGUAUGCCUAGUUAGUGUCUUGUGACUCUUGAAUUUGUUUUGUUCUGCUCUCUUGUAAAUACUAAAAGAAAUGCCUUGUU